CUGAUCUCUCGGACUUGCAGCGGGGCUUUAAAUGGAGCGCAGUGAUUGGGCUCCCGCUCUAAUCCAGGCCUGACACUCACUCACACACAUUCGGAGUCCACCCCCACCCCCCCCCGCACCCCUCAACCCCUCACUCCACCCAGCCUGACCUCACUCCCUCUGACUUUUUGGAAUAUCUGUGUCCGAGAUCCGGUUGAAGGCACACCCGGCGCCGGGAAGUGGCCUCGCAGUCAGGCUGGUGUCCUGCUGGUGCUUCCCACCUUACUGACAGGUUUUUGGGGGGUUGAUUGCCCGAGUGCCCGCCCUGGCUGUUACGGGAGCAAGAGCUGAGGACUCAGCAGGAAAAGAGGCGAGCAGUCACCAUGCUGCAAGAAGCUGGAGCCAAUAUAUUAGAGUUCUACAAUGAUCUGCUGUCGAAAUGCGACGCCAGGGUCAAAGACUACCCGAUGGUCAACUGUCCCAUCAAGAUGACGAGCCUCCUGGUGGGGUACGUCAUUUUCGCCGUGUAUUUGGGGCCUCGAUUGAUGGCCAACCGGAAAGCCUUCCACCUCAACACGGCCAUGGUGGUCUACAACUUCGGCAUGGUCGCGUUCAACGCCUUCAUCGUGUACGAGUUCAUGAUGUCCGGAUGGGGCACCACCUUCACGUGGAGAUGUGAUCUUAUUGAUCCCUCCAGCAGUCCGCAGGCACUUCGGAUGGUGCGAGUAGCUUGGAUGUUUUUCUUUUCUAAGUUCAUUGAACUGCUCGACACGGUAUUCUUCGUGUUGAGGAAGAAACAAAACCAGAUCACAUUUCUCCACGUGUUCCAUCACUCUGUUAUGCCAUGGUCGUGGUGGUGGGGCAUCAUGCUGACCCCCGCCGGAGGGAUGGGCUCUUUCCAUGCUAUGGUGAACUCUUUGGUCCACGUCAUCAUGUACACGUACUACGGCCUGGCAGCAGCCGGGCCGCGCUUCCAGAAGUUCUUGUGGUGGAAGAAGUACAUGACUGCCAUCCAGUUGACGCAGUUCAUAGUGGUGUCUAUGCACAUCAGCCAGUACUACUUCAUGGAGACAUGCGAGUACCAGGUGCCGCUGUGGAUCCAUCUGAUUUGGAUGUACGGCGUGCUCUUCUUCUGCCUCUUCUCCAACUUCUGGCUGCAGGCCUACAUCCGGGGGAAGCGGCUCCCCGUUACGGACCUCAAGCACGGGCGUGACCGGACCCCGCCUGCCACGCCCGUGGCCAACGGCACCCCCGGCACCCACCAACACAACGGGAACGCCGAGCACUACAACCACAUCCUCACCAACGGGAAAUUGCAACUGGGAAAAGUAAAGGAGAUCUAAAUUUUGGGGAUGACCCUGUCAGUGACUCGACUGUACGACAACUAUAGGAUAACCAAAUCUAUAGAAAGUUGUAAGAGCAUUUUUUUUUCCAUAUUCUUGAUCUCCAUGUACUAAUGCACUCUUUGUCCUCACUAAUAAGUUAAAAUAAGAGCCCGGGUAGAAUAACUUGUGACUUGCUCAUAUUUUUUUUUUUUUUUUUUUUUCACACUUUAGCAUUUAUUCAAUAGCCAUGAUAACCAUCUUAUGGUUCAUGUACUAAUAAACUCUUUUGUGCUUACCAGCGAGAUAACUCAGUACAUGUAUCGAACAACUAGGAGAAUAACUUGGUUUUACGUGUAGUGUUUUUCCCAAAAUACAUGGACCUUAGCUUGGAACACUAGAUGGUAUGUGUCAUACAUUAGUAAACUCCUUAAACCUAUUACUAGCACCAAAAUGACUUAGUUUUGCCUCACUAGUAACAUGUACCGGUAGUUUUCCGACGAGUAAGUCAAAAUUUUUCUUCUCGUGAGCUGAAAGAUCUUUCUGGAAAGUCGUUGGAGCAUUUAUUCAAUUUUACUUUACUAUACAAGUAGUGGCCCUGUAGCUCAGUGGUUAGAGCACUGGUUUGGUAAACCAGGGGUUGUGGGUUUGUAUCCUACUGGGGCCUCCACUCCCUGAGAAGGGUUGCGUCAGGAAGGGCAUCUGGCGUAAAAAUUGUGCCAAACAUAUAUAUGCGUUCAUCUGAGAUGACAUGCUGUGGUGACCCCGAAAGGGACAAGCUGAAAGAAACACACACACUUUACUAUACAAGUAAACUACUGUGCUGCACUAGUAACACUAUGAGGCCCAAUUAACUUUUUUUUUUUUUAAUGCUGAACAUGUCCAUGUGAGUAUUAACUAUUGGGAUAAAAAAAAAAAAGUCUCUGGAAAUCUAUUUGAUCAUUUGUUAUUCUUGAUAUCCAUCUUACUCUCCAUGUGCUAGUAUUCUCUUGAACAGCACUAGUAGAAAUACUGUCGCGCCAUUAAUCUUUCCCUUUAGGACAUUUCUGCACAUUAGGAAGACAACUUUUGCAUACUAACAGGACAGGUGUAUGUUACUAGUGAGCCUAAGCUGUGCAUAUAGAACAUAUAUUGACAUAUAAUGCUACUAGUACUAUGUAUGUAACCAUAGAUGUUAACUAGUGGUUUUAUAGUUACUCGUCAUACUCCGAGCACACAGUUGUCUGUUAAUGCACAGCACUAGUAAUGUACUUGUCCUACUAGUAUGACAGUUCUCCUAUUGUGGUCAAAGAGAGUACUAGUAUCCUCUGGGGAAUACGAGCUAGCCAACUACAUGUUACUAGUAAGGCUAAAUAAACUAUGCACUCAUUGAAAACUGCUACUUGUUCCACGUGUGACAUCAGAUUCUACUAGCUAACAUUUAGCACUCAACUGGUAACACUAGUUGUGCACAGAUGUCAACUAGUGUCCCGUUUUGUUUCACCAGUAACAUGUCAUUGUACUGCAUGUACAGAAAUGUUAUGCAAUUGUGGAAAAAAAAACAUUACAAGGAAGUUGUUCUACGCGUGUACUGUGGUUCUACCAAGGCUCUGAAUUUUCUUACUAGUGAGGACAAAAAGCGUAUUAGCCCAUGGACCAAAGAUCUAGGAUAAAUGCUCAAACGGCUUUCUAUACAAAUCUGUUGAUUGGCAUCGUUGGAAUAUGAUUUUUUUUUUUUUAAGUCACUGAUCUUGUUUUUUUCACAACACUGUGAUGCACGCACAUGCUUUUGUAUGUAUGAAGUUCGGUGCUCCUUUUUCUCACAGAUAGUGUUCCUUCAUUGCAGUUUUUGCGGUCCGCUACUAGUACCACCCUGUUUGGCUGACACCAACCUCGUAUCACACAAAAGUUUCCACUGAAGACAAGCACGUGUAAAUAACCUGCAAAAAUAACUUUUCAUUGUACAUGACAAAUUUAUAGUUUUGCUGUUGUAUUAUUUAUCUUUUGAAAUAAAACAUUUUAGAUAAAGGUCGGUGUCCUUUAGAAAGCAGCUGGUGGUUUGCACUUGGCAAGUUAUAAGAUGCAUUUUUUUAAAAUUGUAUAUUAGUGAUAUAGAAUUUUGCAUAUACUGUAUCUGCAUAACUUUUUAGGCCACUACAGAAAUGUGCUUAAUUCAUAUCUAUUUAUUUCUUGGCAAGUUGUUGCCUGUGAAAUGUUUUUUUAAAUUGAUAAAUGAAGUGGACAGCUACACAUAUUAAAUCUUAAUUUGAUGUAAAAUUAGAAGACUGGACCUACAUUGUAAAGAACAAUUACUGAUUUUUUUUUUAAAAUGGAUUUAUUUUUCCACAAUUUGUGACGGUUCCAGUUGUGGGAGAAAAACAAGUGCCCAAAAUACAACAAAA